AUGGACGCCCUGCAUUCCAUGUUGGCUUGGGGCUCCGCUGCUGUCGCCCUUACGAUCAUGAUUAUGACUCUUUUGUGGGGCGCGCGGUGUCAACGCUCGUCUGCUCUCUCGUCCUCCACGAAGCGCGAGUCAUUGGUGGCAUUGCGAUCGGGGGUCGUCCUCUUGAUCAUGACGAUCCCGUUUCUCGCACCUCCGUUGGUCGACCGCUUCCCGGCAAAUUUUGAGGCGAUCUAUCCGUCUUUGCCGUUCUGGUACUGCUUCAUCGUGGACACGCACUGGGGGCGGUGCCUCCACAACAGCUACCACGCGCUGCUCGGCGUGCUCCUCGCGACCCUGGUCAUGGCCUUCCUGAACUACCUCAUGCCAGGCGGGGCGGGCCCGUGGGCUCGCGACCCGCAGUAUGUCGAGGAGGCCUGGGUGCCGGGAGGCUACAACAGAGGCCUGGCCAUCUGCACGGGCAUCCUCGUCGCGUACCUGUUCUUCCUCAUAGACUUCGGGGUACCCACGAAGCAGUACGGCCUGGCGACGUUCGCAAGCAUCCUGCUGGCUUUCAUGGACCCAAAGCAGGGGCACGAUGAUUUCCGGGGCGUCCUCUGGACCUACGAGGGCGUGCCGACGCUCGGUUCUCCCACCUGGUGCCAGCUUUACCUGAACGUCAUGGCGAUCACCCUGGCGUUGCUGACGCUGCCCUCGGGCCCGUCUGUGCCCUUCUGCCCGCGCCAGACGUCCUGGUGCUGGGACGACGCGAAGCAGGGCUACGCCCGGCUGGCCGAGGACACGGUGCUGGGCUUCGACCGCGUGGUGAGGCACUUCCGCGAGGGCAGCAGCGCGUUCGCGCUGGACACAUCUGCACCGUCCUCUUCCUCAAGAAUCUCGGCGCUCGGCGCAGGGCGCUGGAGGGGCUCCUGGAGGACGCCUGCUGGGAGGCGCGGCCCUGGCAGCUCCAGGAGCUCCGCAGGUUCUCGAGGCUGCUGCGCGGCCUGCGGCAGGUGCUCCGCGUCGCGCUGGAGGACUUGCGGCAGUUCGGGGACUCAUUCGAUUUCGACGAGGACGUCGAGGAAAUCUCCGUCUACUCAUUUGGACAACUUCCUGGUGGCCUGCAGAGACGCCGUAACCUUUUUGGGGGAGCGGGAGCUGAUGCGGAAGGGCGCGGACGCCGAGGCCUUGGUGCAGGUUGCCAGUUGCGCCCGCGAGGGGCGUGAGGCGCUAACCCUCGCCCUCGACUGCUUGUGCCCCGGCGGCACAGGCAACGAGCGCACCACGAGAUUGGAAACAGUAUUUAUCGAGGGUCUUCAGACGUGGGCACCACUGGUCGACGAGUUUCUGGAAGAGCCAGAGGUCCCUCCCAAACAGGGGUGCCUCUUGUCGCGCCUGUGGCGGGAGAUGAAGUGCCCCUCGCGCGAGAAGCAUGUGAAUGCUUUACGAUUGUGCACUCCCUGGUCUUUGGCAUUAUUGUGGUCGGUCUUCAAAAGGGACUACGAUCCAACAGUUGUCUCAAGCGUCUCCUUCAUUUUCUCUGAAUCGUUAAGCUGCAUGUUUGACAGGAAUAUAAACCGUAUGUUAGGCGUCGCCAUGGGCCAAGUGUUGGGCACCCUGCCCGCAGUCCUUCUCUCGUAUCAUGCAGCCUGCCAGGAUAAUCAGGGCGCUGAGUUGGGCAAUGCUCCCAGGAUCGUAAGGUAUAUGGUGGUCAUGUUUUUAUUGUGGAGCACUGCCAUGUAUGGCUACCUGGCAACAGGGGCAAAGUGGAGCUACGCUUACCUUCUUUGGGCUGCUUUUGGAGGGGUUAAAAUGAUAAGCUAUUUUCCGGCUCCUGGCAACGAUUUGUUUGAAGAGUGCGUUGUUGGGGUUGCACACUUCAAAAACACGGCUGAAACCUUCCUUAGCAUUCUUGAUAAUUUUACUGGGUGUUUGCUGCUGGUAUUUGUUGACGUGAUCUUCGCAGCCAAUACGUCUAAUUUGACGAUCCACCGAUUGGCCAGGCGUAUCCCAAACUGCUUGCAGAACAUCCUUGUGAUUAUGGAAGGGCUUAUGGAGCGGGACACUGCUAGCGCGAAUAUUGACGGGUUGCAGCAACACGUUGCUAUCGCCCGCCAGAUCGAUGAAGAGACUGAAAAGGAAGACCUGGUGUGGAGUCAUCUUUUCACGCAGCCCUACAACCGGGAACUCGUGAGCGCUACGUUGAGCGAGUGUGACAAUUUCUUCGUCGCCGUGUAUGCCCUCCGAGCUGCUGACGCACGCUGUGGCUCACAGACCAGUGUGCCCGACGCUAUGCUCGAGGUAGUGCCUCGGGGGCUGAUGGCGCGGGUCCAGCGCUACCCGGCAAUCUUUCAGGCGAUCUUGCUGGACAGGAGCGGUUCGUGUGUGGAGCAGGUCGAGGAGGCUUCCUUCCAGCCACAUGCCAGUGGGUCGUCGUCCGUGGGGCAGAAUCAUGCGGAGUGCCUUCGAUUCCGGCACGUCGCCUCCAUCAAGCGGCACGCUGAGGAGAACGUCAGCGCUGCAUCUUUGAUGGUAGUGCGCGUCAGGAUCUGGCAGAUCUGCCUCUCUCUGCAGCGGCUGCGCGUCAUCUUUGAGGAGCGCGCCGACUGGGCCGCCGAGGAGAGGGACCGCGCCCACUCGUCGUCUUCGCGCGCGCGGCUGCUGUCGAGGUCGAGCAGGCGGAAGGAGAGCAGCGAGAGCUGCGAGGACUCGCGCCUCCGGAAGGACAGCAGCGGCAUGAGUGAGGCCGGGCGUCCCGUGACGGCGGACACCUUGCCGAUGUACGAGUCGACGCCCGUCGGGGCCCAGAGUCCGGCCGUCCGCAAGACCUCAUCCUUGACGAAGGCGGCGCUGCGCAACAUGGGGCGGGACGUCUCCGAGUUCGCGGCGGCGUCGCGGCGUGGCAGGCUUGCCACAAGGGCAAGGGGCUUGUCGGAGGACUGCGGCUUCAGGGGCCAUGUGGACCCGGAGGAGAUCGACCUGAACUUGGAGGCGAUCGGGGAAGCCAGCCCCCCGAGCGGCCUGCGGCGGCACGGGGGGGAGGACGAGCCCCGGCCGCUGGCGGGCGCCCGGCCCGGGGAGGCGCCCGCGCCCCGCUGGGCCGCCUCGCUGCUGCCGUGCUGCCCCGAGGCGCGCGCCCGCCUGCGGCCGCACGCGCCCGCGCGGGGCGCCGAGCGCGCGGCGUGA